UGAAAACACCUCAAUCAAAUAACCACCAACUGUUUAUAAGUGUUCUCCAAUGACAAUCAUAUGUCAGUUAGCUCCCGCCAUAUAUUAUUAUUAGAACCCAAAAAAAGGGAAAAAAAGAAAAAAGAAAUACUACUUUUGUACUAUUCUUCCCAGCCUUCGAAUAUAAAUUCCCACUUGACACUUUGGACUCCCCUGCCAUUCCAAUUCCUUACUCAGGUUUUUUUUUUCAUUCCAAUUCCCCUGCCAUUCCAAUUCCAUCGGGUUCCGGAGUUUGUUCUUGGUAUCGAUAUGGGCACGGCCGAGAGAUCGAAGAAAAAGGUACUGUUGUACAAGAAAGCCAUGGUCCAUUUCUUGUUAUGUUUUGUCAUGGGAUUCUUCACGGGAUUCGCUCCGACGGGUAAGUCUACGAUUUUCUCUGCUAGUCCUCCUGUUCUGCCCUCGAACCGGUCAGCAUUUUCCCCCGUGCAGCCAGGGGAGCUGUUGCUGGAGGAGAGAACAGAAGAGAGCGGGAAUUUCAACAGGAAGCUGGACGAAUCAGAGGGCGAAAACUCGUCGAAAGAAGAAGAAAAAGAAGAGGAGAAAGAAGAAGAUUUGAUUCCCAGAAGGCUGAUAAUUCUGGUCACGCCAACAAGAAUGAAUGAUAGGCUCAGAGAGGUGAAUCUAAGGAGGCUAUCAAACACACUGAGAUUGGUCCCUCCGCCGUUUCUUUGGGUGGUUGUUGAGCAGAAAUCAGAUUCCUCUGAAGUCUCUGAAAUUCUCAGGAAAACCGGCAUCAUGUACCGGCAUUUGGUUUUCCGCCAAAAUUUCACUGAUCCGGAAGUGGAAAUGGAUCACCAGAGGAACCUCGCGCUCAAUCACAUCGAGCACCACAGGCUAAGUGGGAUUGUUCAUUUCGCCGGUCUUUCCAACGUUUACGAUCUUCAAUUCUUCGACGAGAUCAGAGCCAUUGAGGUGUUCGGAACAUGGCCGAUGGCAAUUGUAUCAGCAAACAGGAAAGAGGUGAUUAUAGAAGGACCUGUUUGCGAUUCUUCAGAAGUCGUGGGUUGGCAUCUGAGGAAAAUGAGCAAUUUAACCGAGACGAAAUCCUCUCCGGUUCACAUUUCGAGCUUUGCGUUCAAUAGUUCGGUCCUUUGGGACCCUGAAAGGUGGGGUCGCCUAUCUUCUGUCCAAGGCACCACCCAGAACACCAUUAAAUUUGUGAAGAAAGAGGUUCUUGAAGAGGAGACCAAACUGAUUGGGAUCCCACCAGACGGUUGCUCCAAAAUCAUGCUGUGGAAUGUCCAAAUUGCCACUGGAACAACACCAAAAAAUACUCUUCCAGGAACUCGACCAGACAGUACUGAUCAAAGAUAAUAUUGGAGAUAUAUUGUAUAGAAAUUAAAGAAAAGGAAAUUAAAAAGAUAUAUACAAGGUACUGAAUUUGGUGGAGAUGAGAUUUUGCUGUGAUCAGAAGCUCAAAUUUUUUUUAUUCUUCUUUUACAAUUGUAUAUUGUUACUUUUCGGCUUUUUUUUUUUUUUUCCUUUAUUGUUUUUUUCAAAUUUUUCUUCAAAGCAAUAUCUGAAGUUUUCCCUUA